UGGUAUUCAGUGGUCAGAUAAACGUCUUGACGACGAAUAUGAGUUUUCGGGGUUUUUUUAGCAGCCGAAAAAUUCACAAGAGAACGAAGAAGAGUCGCAACCAUCUAGAACACAAAAGUCUAUCGAAACUUUUGUUAGGUGUGCGAUUGCUGCUAAUUGCUGAGGACUUUCUCACCUCUAAUUAGUCGUUAAACUUUCUGUAACCCUUAUUCUCCCUCUUUCUCCUUUUUAUUCCAAUGAAACUAAUAAUUUACCACUUCUUCAUGCUUCCAAUAACGGCAUGGACAGCCCUCGUCAGUUUGGCAUUCGCUGGCUCAAUCGGUAUGACCCUCAUCAUCUUGGCUUGUGCACUACCACAAUACCAACUGUGGUGGCCGUUCUUUGUCGUCGUAUUUUACAUAUUCUCCGUGUGUCCAACACUACUGGCCAAACGUUCAAUGAACAACAGCCUAUCCGGCUCGAGUCCCUGCUUGGAAUUGGCAAUUUUUCUCACAAUGGGAUUCGUUAUCAGUAGCUUCGCAUUGCCGAUUGUUUUAGCAAGGGCAGAAGUGAUCAUGUGGGGUGCAUGCUAUUUGACGAUCUGUGGAAAUUUCGUUGUGUAUGGAACGAUUGUGGGAUACUUCUUGCUUUUCGACAGCGAGGACAAUGUGUACGGUGGGAUGGCAUAGCUAAUAUAAAUUUGUGUUUUUUUUGUACCCCCGAAUCUUACCUUUUAAUUAUUGUAAUUCUUCAUUGAUUUAAUCGUUUUUGUUUUUGUUUUUCUUCCGAGUGAGAAUAGAGCAGACUUUUUGGACCGUGAA